GCCUCUUCUCUGAACACAUCCCUGGUUCCGGUUCCGGCCGCUAGAGGGCGACAGCGUCCCGCCCUCCUCUCUUCACUCCGCGGGUCUGUGUGUCUGAGGAAGUUGAGAGAGCGUGCGCCCAACACAACCACAACAAUGAAAGCUAUCAUUCAGAGGGUCACCAAGGCGACCGUGACAGUGGGAGAAGAAGAGAUCAGCUCAAUAGGACGGGGACUGUGUAUCCUGCUGGGUAUAUCAGUGGAGGACACCCAGAAGGAUGCUGACUACUUAGUACGCAAGAUCCUGAACAUGCGGCUGUUUGAAGACGAGAACGGCAGAGCGUGGACCAAAAGUGUCAUGGACAAGGACUUUGAGGUGCUGUGUGUGAGCCAGUUCACACUGCAGUGUAUACUGAAAGGCAACAAGCCCGACUUUCACUCAGCCAUGCCCACAGAGUUGUCCCAGCCCUUCUACAAUAGCAUCCUGGAGAACAUGAGGAGUACUUACAAGCCGGAGCUCAUUAAAGACGGGAAGUUCGGGGCCCGCAUGCAGGUCCACAUUCAAAACGAUGGACCUGUUACCGUUGAACUGAUGUCACCUACUGGCCCUACAGACCCCAAACAGCUGUCCAAGCAGGAGAAGCAGCAGCAGAGGAAAGAGAAGACGCGCUCCAAGGGCCCCUCAGAGUCGAGCAGGGAGAAAGGCGCCGUACGUUCCCGACAGGACCCCAACGCCAGCAGCGGGGCCGAUGGUGAUGUGUCAUCAGAGAGGGAGACCUAGGUCAACAGGAUGUCAAAGCGGGGACAUAACAGCGAGCCCAGUUUCCUCAGGAAGGCCUUAAUCCUCAGUGACUCUUACAUCUGAUCGGGGGACUGUCCUCCUUCCUUUGGAAAUCAGCAGGAUUCUCUCAGCCUGUCGCAGAGCAUCGCCCCCCUCGCUGGUGUCCUUGGCUUCUCUCCUCCGCAAUCAGAUAGAACUGGCUAGGUGUAACGUAAAGAAGUCUAACCUCAAGACAGCCCCCCACUUCUCUUAGAUUGAUGAAGGGAGAUUAAACAAGGACGCACAGGAAGGGAACAGACAUAAGCAGCACUAUGCUGUGUGGAGCAGUAGUUACUCUUUUUCUUAAGUCUAUUUCCUACUGCCCAUCAUUCCUUGUUCCUAUAACUCCAUCUGGCUCUGUCUCAGUGUGUCUUUCUCUUUCAGAUUCUCCCUGCCUGUCUGUCUCACUCUCAGCCCGCUUUUCCCCACUUAAUCUGUGUUUAGAGUCAUGGCACUGACCCCGAAGCAUAAACUCAGCUCCAAGCCCUUGGCUUAUAGUACCGGCACGAGAACAUCAGGACAGCUAUGUCCGUAACAGCCUUGCUAUACUGAUUGCACCAGUGACACCUCGUGAUUGGUGUAUAAAUACACCAAUCACGAGGUGUACAUAUACAUACGACAUGUAAUAUACAUGUUUAUUACACGGCCGUGUUGAAUAUUUGAUACUUCUGAUUGGUCAAUCAUGGCGUUCUGCGGUCUGUUAUUUCUCUAUAACAGACUGUUGCUAUGUACAACAGACCGUUGCUAUUGGCGCAGCUCUGAUGUCGGACUCUGGCGGACCAUUUUUGUGUCAAAAUAUUGAUUUCUUCAGUAAGUAGCCGUGUAAUAAGCGGGAUAAUGUACAGCUAGCGGUUCAGGGCGAUGAGAGACGCCUCCGCUUCGCGUCGGGGUGCGGCAUCGCCCCGUUGGGGAUUCUUUCACAACAAUGACCGGGUCGCUGUACAUUAUCCCUUACAUAAAAGUCUAUCUUGAAAAGGUUGUUGUACCUGUAUGAAUAGACUGUAAGUUUUAAGGUCCAGCUGAAAUUGCUACAGCACAUGACAUGAGCUGUGCUCUCUUUUGAGAAAAAAUAAAUCCGAAAUUUAUAUUUUAUAGCUAGACAGCAACCGCAACGAAACACACAAAAAAAGCUUCUCGACUUUGAACAACAACUGGCAUUUUCUAGCUAAUGUCUCCUUUUCUUCCUACAAACAUGGACACAGUAUACAUACACACAUAUACAGUAGCUUGCUUAAAUUAGCUAACAAACAAACAAACGGACGCUCACACCUACGGAGUCUUCACAGUCCUUGGAUUGUAGGAAGAAGCCGGAGAAAAACCCCACGCUAACACGGGGAGAAACAUGCAAACUCCACACAGAAGAGCCCACCGUACCGCCCCCCUGUCCUUAGCUAGUAAACUAUAAGUACUGACGCAAGUUUGUUUCCAUUGUCUGUCUGUGGUGGCUGGUCUGCCUGCUCUGUUGUCAAUCAAUCACCUCCACUGGCUUAAGGAGCAUUUCUGAUGCAUCUCUUCUUCCUUUCAAUGGGGAAAAAAAGAAUAUUGGCAAUGCAUUUAAAAUAACUUUCACAUGAUCUUUAACUGUAACAACUAUUUGUGAUUUCAGUCGGACCUUAAAAUAAAAGAUUUGAUCUGAUGUCUCGUAGACUGUUCCUGGUUUUGUUGCCCCACCACACCCACACAGAGGAAGUGAUCGCUAUGACUACAGAGAGGGAUAGCGCCGUACCGCUCGCUUCAGCUGUAGUCGAUUUAGGAUCGAGUAGCUUCGGCUUAGUGACCAAGAGUCACUUUGUCUCUGUUACAUGUAACUUCGCUUCUAUGGAGAAGGGCCAGCCGUGCUCCACCAUCAGUGAACACCGGCACCAGUGUGGUCGGGCAGAAAAUACAUCUACUAUUUAUUCAUGUUUUUGAUUGUUACGCUGUCCUGCUGUCGCUUGACGGAUCUGAAUGUACAUUUUGUUUCCAUUUUAUAAAGAUGUCAAUAAAAAAAA